AUGGUUGGGGUGGAGGCAGUGCGGAGGAGGGGGCUCGGCAUGGAGGUGGUCGCCGGUGGCAAUGGUGGCCGUGGUGGAACUCGCGUGCGUGUUCCGGAGGGUGCCUGGCCUUUUAUAAACGAGAGGGGAGGGGAGGAGGGGCUGAAGAUGCUGGGGCUCGCGGCCAGGGGGAGGAGCGUGGCGCGGGCCGGCGGUGUCUCCACGGCGUCGUCGAGACCUUGUCGCCUGUCGGGCAUCCUGUGCCGUGUGGCGGCUGGGCAGGGCGGGCAGAGUGCCACCUCCCUCCGCCUCUACGGACGGCUCAAGUCGCUCUCCGUCCCCAUCCCCGUCGCCUCCCUGCACCCGCUGCUCCCCUCCAUCUCCUCCCCGAGGCCGCCUACGCGCCGCUCUCCUUCAACGCCGCGGCCGAUGUUGCCACCGCAGCACCGCCCCAACCUCACCACGAUGGUCUACCGACGGAAGCUCCAGCCCCAGCAGCCAUCCUCCUUCGAGCAUCACCACCCGCCGUCCGUGGGCCCCGCCUCCCCGGGCUCCCUCGCCGCGCAGGCCAUGCGCGCCUCGCUUUGCCUCCAUGCCGCCGCCAUUUCCCCUGCAUCCAAAUCGCCGCCCGCCGCUGUUCCGGACGCCCUCGCCACCUCCUGCUGCAAAACUCCACGCGCCUUGAAUUCUUCCGCAGGCAGCUGUGCUGCCCCUCCAUCGCCCCAUCCUCCGCGUGGCCUUAUCUUCUUCCCGCACCACGGGCUCGUCUCCACCCCGCGCACGACACCGGGCUCUCUGCCCGCUCGCCGUGCUACCGACCUCAUCCUCAUUGCCUCCGCCGCCGCUUGCCCCCACGCCAUCUCCCUCCGCCUCUACGGACGGCUCAAGUCGCUCUCCGUCCCCAUCCCCUUCACCUCCCUGCACCCGCUGCUCCCCUCCAUCUCCUCCCCGAGGCCACCUACGCGCCGCUCUCCUUCGACGCCACGGCCGAUGUCGCCACCGCAGCACCGCCCCAACCUCACCACGAUGGUCUACCGACGGAAGCUCCAGCCCCAGCAGCCGUCCUCCUUCGAGCAUCACCACCCGCCGUCUGUGGGCCCCGCCUUCCCGGGCUCCCUCGCCGCGCAGGCCAUGCACGCCUCGCUUUGCCUCCACACCGCCGCCAUUUCCCCUACAUCCAAAUCGCCGGUGGCCCUCCUUGGGUCGAGGCCACUGGCCCAGCCGCAUCCGGAUCGGCGCGCGCCCCUGAGCUCCGCCCCCCAAUGCCGAAGUUCCCCUUUUGGCUUCCUCCCGUGGAACCGAGCCCCCCCCCCCAAGCGCCUCCUCUACUCCAAAUGCAGGUGA